AACAACUCAUAUAUAUAGAGUACUCAGUACCUAGCUAAUCACUUAUAGAAGAGUACACUGCAAGUACAAUGGCUUACACACACGUUAUAUUGUGUGCAAUGGUCUUCUUCCAGGGAACAUGGAGUCUACCAGCAACCUCUGUGAGUACUGGGAGUCAGUUGGUUGACGAAUUUAACAAGAAUUUGCAAACAGUUAUGCAAAACUUACAAAACGGAGCAUCUAAGGUGUCUACUCCAGCCAUCCAUUUCGGGUUCUCCACCAUCCCUAACCUGAUCAGUAACGGAGUGAAGACUGCAACUGACACAGUGUCCAAGUUAACAGAAGCAGGCCGUGAUGCAGCUGGUAAUGUGAUAACUGGAGCCGGUCACGUGGCUGGGAGCGCGGCAUCAAUGGGAUCAGCCCUAGCCGGUGGCGCCCUGCAGGUAGCAGGUAGUGGUCUGGGCGCCGUCACAGGGGGAGUGGAUGCCGCGGCUACCGCUGGACUUGACUUCGCCAACAAGAUGGCGGAUUCUGCCGCACAAGGAAUCAAAACCGGAGGAUCCAUCGGGAAUUCUGCCCUCACUGCUGCAGGAGACGGCUUGGCUGUCGCCAGCUCAGGAAUCGGCGUGGUCUCCAACGGCAUUGGCGGAUUGAUUAAUGCUAUGGGAGGAUUGAUGAAUGACAGGAUAAAGGCCACCGAGCAGGCGAUAGCUACCAUGAUACAGUCCGGACUAGAUGGUCUGAGUAAAGGCGCUCUCAACCUGACAAGCCAAGGACAAGUCAGCUUUUACAACGCGCUCAAGUCUUUCCUGCAAAUUUUAGUCAACAUGCAAACCCUGUUUAACAACUGGGUUACUUCCAUUGCUGCUGCCUCUUCCACCGCCGCUUCUGGCACUGCCGCUUCUGGCACCGCCGCAUCAGGCACCGCCGCUUCUGGCACUUCUGGUUCAGCUUCCGGAGGCGCAAAAUCAUCUUAAGAUGAAGAUAUUUCUUAAUGGUACUAUUCUCAAUAAUAAAAUUACUGAAAUAAAUGUAAGUUAAUUGAAAAAAA